CAAGAUUGCUUUUACCAUGGAUUUGGCCGACUUCCAGAUCGACAUGGAUAUGAUUCGAUCUAUGACUACAAAUCAACAACAACACCAAAACCAACAACAACAACAACAACAACAACAGCAACAGCAACAACAACAGUCUCAACAGACUCAAUCUGUACCUGUCUUUGAAAGAAUGAAUAUGAUUUUUCAAGACGAGAAUCAACAAGAUAUGCCUUUUAUGAACACGAAUUAUGCAUCAACAUCCAAACCUCCUAUCUCUCAAACUUCUACUCCAGUUUAUCAUACACAGCAAAAUGAUUAUUUUGAUCAAGAUGAUAUUCUGACACCUUUGAUCUCACCUGCCAUAACACCUUCAUUCUCUUAUCAACAAAAACUUCACAAUGGAAAUAUUAGUAAUGAUCUCGACUUUUCUCCUUUGUCUUCUCCUGCUAUGAUGCCACAACAAGAUCAAGAUUAUGCCAAUCAUCAUCAUCAUCGAACUCAUCAUCAUCAACAACAACAACAACAACAACAACAUCAACAUCAACUUCAACAGCGGUAUCAAAAUUCUUCGACAUCAAAUUAUAACUACCCUGAAAUGUCCCCUAAUCAAAUGUGUGAACAAUAUGAACAGUUAGAAAAGGCCAAGAUGAUGAUCACUCGUCGACUUUCGGAACUUCAAAAGCAACAAAUGUCUCAGGGCAACAAGAUGACACCCAAUCAAACAAGCAAAUUGGCAAGAAACUCACCCUCUUAUUUGACUGGAUUGACUGAUGAUACCAUGAACAAUCAAGAUGUCAUGUUCAGACAACCUGCGCAAUUGGAACCCGUUACUCCAGCUUCAUUGAUGAACAUGAGACAACGACAAGAUUCCGCUGAUCGACAAAAAGCCAAAAUGACAUACCCUCAAGUCACCGCCAAAGCAGCUUUGAAUGAGCUGGACUUAUCGGAUAAUUUGGAAACUAUAUCUCAACCACCACCUACGAAUGGCUCCUAUGGUCAGCAUCAACAUCAUGCCUCACCUCGUGCUCUCAAACCACUAUUGAUCAGCCCAAGCUUGACACCAGAUCGUCAUCAUCCUCAUCUUACUCCUCAUGUUGGUAGUAAUGGCUCUUCUUCUACAGUAUUAGAUGCUGAACACAUCUUAGCCACGAGAUCUAACUAUCAAAAUCUUAUGGAAGGCAAAGCAGCGGCUCUUGGUAUUGCAUUUUCAUCUCAAAUCAAAAGUGGUCUAGAAGUUCGACGUACAGCACACAAGGCUGCUGAACAAAAACGACGAGAUUCUCUCAAGGAAUGGUUCGAUCGAUUACGACGCGAAGUGGAGGAAGGUUAUGUCAAGAAAAAAUCAGGUUUAACUUCCAAGGUGAUUCGUGAACAACAACGAGAAAAGGCUUCCUCAUCUGAUCAUCAACAACAACAACAACGACAACAAGAUGGUGAUGAUGACAACAAUGAAGAUAUUGGAACUCUCAAACCUCUUUCCAAAGUACUUUUGUUACGAUACGCCUAUGAAUACAUUGCUCAUCUUAAGGAUACUUUGGCUGAACGUGAUCAAGUCAUCGAUAAUUUGAAGCACUCUCAACAAAAUGAUAACAACAAUAGUGAUAGUGGUGAUCAAGAUGAAAACGACAUGGAAGAUGAAGGUGAUGGAAAUGUUGGUGACGAUGAUGAUGAUGAUGAUGAUAUGGAAGACGCUCAAGCAACAAACAGCAACAAACAUACCGAAUAGUAACCAGUACAACCCCCUUCCUUUCUUUUAUUAUUUUUUUUUUAUUAUUAUUAUUAUUACUUAUGAUG